UGGGGUUGCUAUUUUGGGAGGACUGUUGGUUCUGUGUGUAUUUACAGUUAGACGUAGUUGCUUAAGGGUACGGGAGGGCGGCCCGGUCCUAGUGCCCUCAAGUUUUCGGGGGUCCGGGCUGUGGGGAGGGCGAGAGCUGAGUCCCGAUAGAGAGCUACUCGGAUCCACGAAGCCGCCUGCGGGGCGCUGAUGGCCGGACGUUUCCUGGGAAAGGCUCUAGCCACGGUGUCUCUCUCUGUGGCCUUGGCCUCUGUGGCUGUCAGGUCCACGGGCUGCCCAGCGUACAGAUAAGUUGAGGGAUUUAUGGUGCCUCACACUGCCUCCUACUUCUCAUCUCUCCAGCUCGAGUGUUUGUUCUUUGAGUCAGUAAACAGAGCGCUAGAAACUCAUUUUCAUCCUAUUGGAUUCAUCUUAAUUGCAACAUCAUGUCUGGUUCUAAAUGUAUCAAAGGAAAUUCCCACAGCAAGGCCCGAACAUCUCCUUACCCAGGUUCAAAAGUUGAACGAAGCCAGGUUCCCAAUGAGAAAGUGGGCUGGCUAGUUGAGUGGCAGGACUAUAACCCUGUGGAGUACACUGCAGUCUCUGUCCUGGCUGGACCCAUGUGGGCAGAUCCUCAGAUCAGUGAAACUAACUUUUCUCCCAAGUUUAAUGAAAAGGAUGGGCAUGUUGAGAGAAAGAGCAAGAAUGGCCUGUAUGAGAUUCAAAAUGGAAGACCUAGAAAUCCUGCAGGACGGACAGGAUUGGUUGGCCGGGGGCUUUUGGGGCGAUGGGGCCCAAAUCAUGCUGCAGAUCCCAUCAUAACCAGGUGGAAAAAGAAUAACAGUGGAAAUAAAAUCACCCAUCCUGUUUCUGGGAAACACAUCUUACAGUUUGUUGCAAUAAAAAGGAAAGACUGUGGAGAAUGGGCAAUCCCAGGGGGCAUGGUGGACCCAGGAGAGAAGAUUAGUGCUGCACUGAAAAGAGAAUUUGGUGAGGAAGCUCUCAACUCCUUACAGAAAUCCAGUGCUGAAAAGAUAGAAAUAGAGAAACAGUUGCACAGACUCUUCAGCCAGGAUCAUCUGGUGAUAUAUAAGGGAUAUGUAGAUGAUCCCCGGAACACUGAUAACGCAUGGGUGGAGACAGAAGCUGUGAACUACCAUGAUGAAACAGGUGAGAUAAUGGACAGUAUUACCCUAGAAGCUGGAGAUGAUGCUGGAAAAGUGAAAUGGGUGGACAUCAGCGAUAAACUGAAGCUUUAUGCCAGUCACUCUCAAUUCAUCAAACUUGUGGCAGAGAAACGAGAUGCACACUGGAGUGAGGAGUCUGAAGCUGGCUGUCAUGGGUCAUAGCUGGUGGCCUAUUUGCGUACCAGAGCCCAACCACGGAGCACAUACUAAGACGAAGGCACUAGCACAGAACUCAGACCAGGGAACUGCACAAGGUAGCCUGCUUGGCCUAUGCACUUUCACAACUUUAUUCUGUGAAGAAUCCUAAUCAGAAUAAAUUCCAUUUCAGCCAUACCUGCUGCUUUCCCUGUGCUUCCUGUUUGCUGUUCUUUCUCCCACUGCUCUGAGGCCUAAAAUAUUCCCAUCACAUCAAUCUCCUAUAGGAGCAGUACCACCACUGAAUGUGUAAUUUAGUGUCAGUCUGGUUUUUCUUUAAAUUAUUUGUUUCAUAUUUUGCUUUGCAUGACCUUAUACUGAAAUUCAUUUCAAAAGCAAAAACUUGCUAUAUGCUUGCCCAUAAUCAUCAGUUUUAUGAAAAAUUUCAGUUACUCUGAAUAAAUAAAGGUCAAUAAAGGUCAAGAUCAACAAACAACAGAUCAUAUUCUCAUUUUUAGUAAAUCUUAAUUUAAAAAUAUGUCUAAGAAAUUCAUUGUUAAUUCCGUUGAUUUCAUUCUACUCUACUGUAUUUAUGAGGUGUUUGUGGGUUAGUGUUUUUUUGUUAGGAAGAAAAUGGUAAGGCUUAAAGUUAGUUUUUGAGAGACAUGUAGUUACUAUAAAUCCCAGAGAAAAGGAACCAAGAUCACUUGGAAGCCAGACGAGGAGAGAAAACUAACCCUUUGUCUUCUUGGUAGACACACAUUGUGGCUAAGGGUAUUCAUUAGGAAGUUCCAUGAUACUAAUUCUUGUCAGCCUGAAGUAGGGACUGUCAUUGUUUCAUCUUUAUUCCAGUCUGAUUAUAGAUGGGACAUAUGAAGUAGAGAAAGUUUAGGGAAUAGAAUCGUGGGAGUCGUCUUCAGAUAGUUGAAGCUUGCUACUUUGUAGCUAGAGGACAGAAGUGGGCCUAAGAUAAAACAAAAAUAGGUUUAUUUAUUUAUUUUAAAAUUUAACAUAAAAACUUUUUGGUUAAUAUGCUUGAACUGAAAUAAAGGAGGCCUUUUCUACCUUCUUUGUGAAUGUAAGUCUUGCUGAGAAACAUUGGACUGUGAAUUCAGUAUGCUUUGAACCUCUCUGGGAGAAUUAAUAAGGCUUAUGUGUGGUAUUAAUUUUUAAGAAGUCCUUAAAAUCUUGGUCCCAAAGGCAUAAAAUAAGGGACUUAUACUUGACAAGCAUGGCCUGCUGAUCGGGUGUCAGGCCGGAUGAACUUCUCCCAGCUUGAGAGUGUCGGCUUCUAUGUUUACAGUUUGGCAGGAGAAAAUGCUUUUUCCUGACACUGAGUAGAAUUCUUCACAACUGAAGCUACUUAGAAAAACUCUUCAGAAAGAUUAAGCAAUUCUCUGAAAAAGACAUUGAAAGUGUGCCUAAAGCACAUGGUCUGUGUAAAUUGUUGUAAGAUUUAUUUGAAAGAGUGACAGAGAAGGAAGGAGAGAGAGAUUUUCCAUCUACUGUUUACUCCCCCAAAGCCACAACAGUCAGAUCUGGACAAGGCUGAAGCCAAAAGUCAGGAACUCCAUUCUGGUCUCCCAAAUCGGUAGCUGGGGUUCAGGUUUUUGAGCCAUCCUCCACUAUCUUCCUAGGUGCAUUAGCAGGAAACUGGCUCGGAAGUGGAACGGUUAGAACUUGAACCAACACUCUAACAUGGGAUGUUGAUGUUGCAAGUGGUUUAACCUGCUGUGCCACAGCACCAGCACCUCUGAACAAAUUCUUUGUGCUGUUUUGGAAUUUUCACUGGAACAUUUAGAAAGUAUGAAAAAUGAUUAAAAACUGCUAUCAGCUGUGGAUGGAAGCAGAUAAUCUGAUAACUGUAAAUAUUCAGCACCAUCUAUAACAGAGGUAAGUCAGAUUAAAAUGUUAAAGAAAUUCCUUAGGGAAUAUCUGCUAUCACUAGGUAAUAUUCCCUACAUAUCCAUCUUAAGUUUUUGGUAUAAGGAAUAUCUUUUUUCUUUUAGAUGCAUUUAGUAAAAUAAGUAGUAAUAAUAAAUUUACUGAAUAUUUUUUUAAAAGAUUUGUUUAUUUAUUUGAAAGUCAGAGUUACACAGAGAGAAAAGAAGAGGCAGAGAGAGAGAGGUCUUCCAUCCACUGGUUCACUCUCCAGUUGGCCGCAACGGCUGGAGCUGCGCCAAUCAAUCCGAAGCCAGGAGCCAGGAGCUUCUUUCAGGUCUCCCACACGGGUGCAGGGGCCCAAGGACUUGGGCCAUCUUCUACUGCUUUCCCAUCCCAUAGCAGAGAGCUGGAUUGGAAGUGGAGCAGUCAGGACUUGAACCUGGGAUGUUAGCACUGCAGGCAGCGGCUUUACCCACUACACCACAGCAUCAGCCCCUGAAUAUUUAUAUUAUAUAAUUUAAUCCUCACAACAGUCCUGUGAAAAUUAGGUGGUAUUCUCAUUUUAUAGAUAGGAAAUUGAUAGGUUACCCAAGAUUUCAUUCACUAAAAUAAAAUAGAGUAGGGUUUGCCUAAUUACAAAUCUAUUCUCUGUUGUAUUGUUGUAUUCCCUGCUAAGGACAUGAAUCUUUUGUGAUUUGUUACUUUAAAGUAUGCAACUUGGAAGGUUAUGUUACAUAGGCAAUAACUAGUCAUGUUAUCUGUAGUAAUGUAGUUAUGCUUUGUGAUGUGAAAUUUAAGGGCUACACUGAUUUGGCUAGCAUUUCAAAACUGUUAACAUAAUUUUGGCCAGUUUUUUAUGAUAAUAUCUUUACCUAAGGAUAAAUGGUUACAUUUGGUGUUUGUUUUGCCAGCUGAUAUUCUUGACCUUUUGGAAGCAUUUCAGAGUCAAAAUAGAAGUACUUGCUGAGUUUACUUAAGAUCACAGUGAUCCAAAAUGUUAAAUAUUUGUUAGUGAAGGAGGGAACUUGGAUAUUCUAUUGACUUUUAGAGGCUACUUUUGCAUAUUAGCUUAAGUUUUCUUGUGCUGAAGACUUCUACUGGGUGGUAUUCUAAAAUACUGGAGUUCUAAUAAAUGAUUUUGAAAAGAUACCACUUGAAGAAAGCAUUUGUAAUUAAAUUGCUCUUGUUUACACUUAGUAUCAUUAUGUUAUUAAUUUACUGAUGUGGGUACAGUCUGAGAUGAUAAAACUCUUAUGAUAAAAAUAUUUAAGAUGUAUAUAAUAAUAAAGAUAUUUGGAGAUUUAACUAACCUUUAUGUAACUUCUGGCAUAAUACUGUGAGAAUUAUUUCUGUCAAAAUAGACAAUACAGGCUACAGUUAUUAUAUGAAGAUAUUUUCAUCAUAAAUCUAUCUUCACACUUCCCAUUUUAUGGUUAUUUCAUUGCCAAUUCAUUAAUGUUGGUAGAAUUGUGAGUACUUGCAGUAGAAAAUAAUGUGAUUUGGUUAUGCUGAUAAACAGAAUCUUCAACUGUUUUGUUAGCAACAUUGAGGUUAAUUUCUCUUACUCAGCCUCUGAGAUGCCCUGUUGCAAAUAUUUGAAAUUGUAAGAAGGACUAAAUACUUACAAAGUACAGUAAAACUUGUUAGAAGGUAAACUGUUGGGUGAAAAUCCAAUUUCUUUUCCAAAUUUAGAUUGAAAAUAUUUAAUAACACUGUGUGUUAUUUUAAUUACAUUGAUUCAGCUAUUUUAAAAAGGAAUACCUUUUUAGUGUCUACAUUUUUUGAGUAUGUUUUUCAAAUAAAAGCAAACUUGGGUGAUAGCCAAAGUAGAAGUCUCAAAGUGCAUAGCCUUUCUACCCAGCAAACUACUGCUUUUGUGCUAAGGGAGGCAUUGGCUUGAGAUCAGGUCGUAUCCAAGUUUGGUAAUUUCAUAGUAGAUUUUUAUUAUUGUUUACUUUGAAUUGUUUAUAAGAUAAAAAUAAAAUGAAUGUAAAUUUUACUGUUUGAAAUUUCUUAAUAUUACAUACAUUUCUGUCAAUUUAAAUUUUAUGAAAUAAAAUGGGCAUUAUGAAUAGAAUGCUUUUUUAGAUCUGCAGAAGUUUUGAUCUAAAUAUCAUGGAGGGAAUUGAGUUUAUGACUCAUGAGUUCUAGAUCAGUUUGUUUGAGUCUGCUAUGUGUUUUUCUAGUUCAGAUUUAUCCUUACCUUUUCUGGCAUUGAGUGUCACUUACUUUUAUCAGUAUAAUCAUGGAAAUAAAAUCUUACCCCCAAAAGGCCCUGAAAAUAAAAAAAAAGUAUUUACUCAACCCAAUAAUAAAUUUAUAGUUCAUUACGGUAUAAAAAAUAGAAGCUUACCCCAAGUUGGUUCAAAAUAGAAGUUAUUAACUAUAAAAGAAGAAAAAUCAAUGAUCAGUACUCCCAAUUGGUUUAUUUUAAAAUUUAAUUUAGUACAAUGAAAGUUAAAGUAUCUUACAUAUGACAAUCUUUGUUUUUAUUGAAAAUUCCAAUUUUAUUAUUAUUUGUAUAAGAUUUUAAAAUGAAGAUGCACUAUCUUAAUUUACAUUCACAGAAGUAUUUUCUUCUUAUAACUGUUUUCCAUAUAUUUUAAAGUUAUAACAUUUAUUUGAAUGAUUAAUAAACCCACUGGGGGUCAGCAUUGUGUAGUGGGUAAAGCUACCACUUGCCCCAUAGGGGCACUGGUUCAUGUCCCAGCUGCUCCACUUCUGGUCCAGCUCCCUGCCAAUGGCUUGGAAAAAGCAGUGGAAGAUGGCCCAAAUGCUUGGGCCCCUCUACUCAGGUGGAAGACCUGGAAGAAGUUCCUGGCUCCUGGCCUUGGCCUGGCCUAGCCAUGGCCUUUGACACCAUGUGGAGGAGUGAGCCGGUGGAUGGAAGAUCUCUCUCUGUCCCUCCCUUUUCUCUGUAACUCUUUCAAAUAAAUAAACAUAUCUUUAAAAAAAAAAAUUACUGGAGUCAGGCAUUUUGUGCAGCUGUUAAGACACUGCUUAGGAUACCAUAUUCCAUAUUGUUCUGGCUGGGUUUGAGUCCUGGUUCUCCUUCUGAUUCAACUUCAUGCAGUGUGUACCCUGGGAGGCAGCAGGUGAUGGACCUAGUGCUUGGGUCCUGGAGAGACCUGGAUUGAGUUCCAGACUCUGACUUCAGCCUAGUCCAGUCGUGGCUGUUGUGGGCUAUGGUACUUACAGAGCUGUCAGUCUGAGAAUGUGUGCAAGAAUAUUUAAGGUAAGCCCUGUCCCAGCCUUGGCAGUUAGGUAAAAAUAAUGCCGCUAGAUGGUGUUUAUUUGUUCUUAGAAUGCUUUUCCUGCUCCCUGCCUUCAUUAGGACCACUGAAGGAAAAAAAAGGGGGAGGGUCUCAUCUUCACGUGGACAUGGCCAUUCUGUAAGUUCUGUCAGGAUCCUUUUCCAUGAUAGGUUGUAGCCAAAAGUGCUUUAAAAAUCUGUGGUAAUUCGAAUGAGUCAGAUGUCUAUGAAGUCAGUAUUUUCAAUGGAAGGGACAUUGGAGAUAAAUUCAUACAUUUUAUCUGAGAUCUCAGCUAAUUUGAAUGUAUGGGAGGAAAUCUUAAAAAACUCUAUGGAAAAUGUAUACUAUUAAAAAUCUGUAUUUGUGGACUUUUGAGUGAAAUGGUGACUAGAAGCUAACUCCCUGAGUGCUGUCCUUGCUGUGAAGACAACCUGCAGCUGGUAGCAUGACCUUUCAUCACAUUUCUAAUGGUGAACAAGGAAGUGUUCCCUGUAACUUAGCUAAUGGUAACCACUAAACAAACUCUAAUGGUGGCCAUCCCUAAAGAAGGAGCCAGUUUCAGUUCUUAGGACCAUUGUGGAAAGACCAGACCCAUUGUCUGCCUCUCCCUGCAUAUAGGCAGGAAAGUAUGGGAAUGAGUGUAGGAGUGUACUCUGAUUCCUUAAUAAUCAAGCAUUAUCUACAGCCAGAUGUUCUUCCAUUUUCAAAGUGAUUGACAUCCACAUGUAAAUCUCUCAUUUAACCCUGACUCAGUGCAGGUACCCACCUUGUAAGAAAAGUAUGAAACCUGUAAGUAAAGUCACACUUAGGAAACAGCCAGCUUCGGCUUCUAUUUCUGCGAACAAAUCCUGAUUGACUAGUUGAGUACACUUUAAUUUCGAUUUUACAGCCAGACUUUGAUUAUCUCAGUCAACCAAUGGAUUUCAAUUUCUUUUUUUACUCAAAAGUAAACAUCUUUUAUUUAAGUUUUCUGCAUUUUGAAGAUGUCAUACAAAUGAGAUUAGAAUCUAGGCUUUCCAUUCAUACGCCAGUGUUUUAGUGAUGUUUUGAUGUAAAGAUGAACCUGGCUAAUUUUGGAAUCAACAGUAAAUAAUCAUUGAAGGUCAUUUCCUCAAAAAAAAAUUUAGAAAUAUGCUAGAAGCUUAAUGAUUUUCCCUUUGGAAAUGGGCUAAUGAUGUUGCUUAAACAGUAGAGUGUAGAAGAGCACUAGCAAUUUGCAAAAUUCUUAAACUCCUGAUUAAUUAGGUUCAAAAGCUUCCUGUUUGAAUUUUCUGUGACAUUUAAACAUUCUUCAAGAUGGUUGCCUUUAGCCAGUCUGUUGAAUAAUCCUGAAAAAUUUAUCUUGGUCACAGAAAUGAUUAAGGUUUUAACUUUCUGACGUUUUUACAAAAUAUUCCUGAUUCUCAGCUACUAUCAGUUCUAAAAUGAUCCAUUUUGUUAAUGGUAUUUUAAAGAAAAAAUCCUAGAUUGAAUAUUUUUCUAUUGUGAGAUCUUGAUUUUAGACUGUGUUUUAGCCAGAGCUGAAAUUUUUUGGUGUUAAAUUUUGAAACUUUUCAAACAUUUUUCCUGUUUUCAUAAACUAAGAUUGUAACUUAGCUAUCAAUGAAGGACCUCAUAAAAAUUGAAUUAUGUGUAAUUCAUUAAAAACAUCUGUUGAGAUUUAGAUUUUAUAAUUUUUUUUUGACAGGCAGAGUUAGACAGUGAGAGAGAGAGACAGAGAGAAAGGUCUUCCUUCCGUUGGUUCAUCCCCAAAAUGGCUACUACGGCCAGCGCGCUGUGCCGAUCUGAAGCCAGGAGCCAGGUGCUUCCUCCUGGUCUCCCAUGCAGGUGCAGGGCCCAAGGACUUGGGCCAUCCUCCACUGCACUCCUGGGCCAUAGCAGAGAGCUGGACUGGAAGAGGAGCAACCAGGACAGAACCAGCGCCCCAACUGGGACUAGAACCUGGAGUACCGGCGCCGCAGGCAGAGGAUUAGCCUACUGAGCCAUGGCGCUGGCCUAGAUUUGAUAAUUUUUAAUGUAUUAUGUUCAUUCUUGUGAAAAAAUAAUCACAUAUAUUUUGUCUUUUCUAAAGAAAUUUACUUUGUGACCCUGAGUCUCCUGACUCUUUUCUAUUACUGUGCUAAGUUCUAAUCAGUCUGGACCCAGCUUAGCUUCUGAGAUCGGAUAAGCACACUGGGUGGUGGUACGUGUGGUGGUGAGACUAUACUCUCAGUCUCAUCAGUGCUAGAAGAAAUUUUUUUGUUGAUUUAUAGUUUGCCUGAAGUGAGUAAAUGAAUGUGAACUCCUAUGCAUUGAUAUGUUUGGCUUUGCAUUAACAGCACUGCUUAAUUUUGUGUCCAAAUGAAUUAGACUAAUAAAGACAAUAAUUUUAUAGGAUAUUGAAUAAUAUUUUUACAAACUUUAUAAAUUAAUAGGGCAGAAUAUAUUUACCGCUAUAAAAUCAUUAGGUGUCAGGGCCUAGAAUAAACGAAACACAAAUAAGAAGAUGUAAUUCAGCAUCUUAUCUCUCCUGUAAGUGAAAAGAUACUUUUUAUAGUGGUUAGCAUUUCUAAAAUCCCACCAGGAUUCAUAUUCACUUAUACUUCAUGUGCUCUUCCUCCCCCUACAAACCUGUCUCUGGAGACAUAGUCUUUAUUUUUCUUUGUGGUCUAUAGGUGCGGCAAGGAGUUCAUGAAAAAUCAUUAAACCUAUGCUUACUAGGCUGGAAAAAAUACUAUAUUCUGGGAUCACUUUAUGAAUAAAGAAACUUUAAUAAUGUUAUGUCCUGUAUUGUAAUAGGAGUACCAUGUAAACAUUUGGAAAAUAUAUUCUCUCCCCCUUUCUUUGGCUUUGUGACUGAAAUCAAUCUCAUGUAAUUAUCACUAAUUCAGUAAUACUUGGUCAAAAGUAAAAUUUAAACAUACUGUUUAUACCAUGACCAACUUUAAGUCUAGUUUAAAAGCAUGUAGAAGAGAUUACAUUUUUACUUAGAAUGUACUUCUCCCCUAUUAAUAGCUAAUGUAAGCAUACUAUGUUGGAGGUGAAAUGGAAUUUUAAAUCAUCUCUUCUCCCUCUUCUGUAUUCUAGAAGAAGGGAAGGCUCAAAGGAGUCUAAGAUUACUCCAAGUUUAUAUUGGGCAACUGACUGGGGGCUUGCCUCUCCAGAUUACUUGACUUCAAAUCAGAUGGUUUCUUACUGCUCCCCAGGGUUUAUUCACAUGAUCACUGGAAGUUUAGGUCUUACAUGAUUCAGCUUUCAAGGUAAAUGGGGUUUUUAUAUUAAUCAGUAUCAAUAACUAAUAGUGCUCAAAAGAGAGUAUCAAUGAUUAAUUCUUAUUUAUCAAAUCCCUCUCCAAAUAAAUGUAAAGAAAGUUACAGUUUUUAUUUUAUAUUAAUUUAAAUACUUUCUUAAGGGAAUCUUUAAACAUAAUUACCUGACUUGGAUCAUAAGGAAAAGGUAAAGGUAUUGGAAUCUACAAAAAAAAAAAAAAAAAAAAAAAAGGAGAGUGAAUGAUGAACAGAAGAAAAUGAACAUUUUCUUUUGGCUUUUUCUGAUUUCUUCAUUCAUUCACCAGUUAUCCAUCCACUUGUCCAUCCACCCAUGUGGCAGGUGUUGUGCAAUUCUGUGUCUAACACUAGGGACAGCAAUAAAAACACUUUUUAGGGUAUAGAUAGUCUAGUGAGUUUUAUAUAAUUCUUUGUCUUUCAAGAAGUAUGGUUAUUUUGUUUGCUCAAUCCUUCAGCUCAGGAAUCUGUCUUAAGCAUCAGUUCUUGUAAUUUCAACAGUUUCUCUAAGGUAGAAUUUUAUUCUUUGCCUGCUUUUAAGAACUAUACUGCCACCUGGUGGUAGGAAAUUAUCACUUCAAGUACUAGUGAACCUUUUUAUUGAUUUCCACAUAGAUUAUGCAAUUUUAGAUAGAAGGUAUUAAUGGUGAUUACUAGAUUCUAAUUAUGAAUCAAGACUCCAGGAUUUUGCAUGAGUUUAAAACAAAUCUGAUUUAAUUUCAGCCA